UGGGGGGGUUCAACAGGAGAAGAAUAUCCCUAACAAGUUGAUUUGUUCACAUUGUCACAUCUUAAUUUUUAAGUGAAAUGUGCAUUUUGAGUUUAUACACUAUGUAUAUAAGGCAACUGUUUCCUUUUGCAGUAUUUUUGUGUGGUGCGUUUUUCUAUUUCUUAACAAAAGGUGAACAAAUGUGUUUAAGUUCACCUAGGAUGAUUUGUUUUAAUUUUCACAUGGUCUUACUGAGGUGAUGCGAAUUGACAAAUGCAUUCUAUUUUUUGGGGGGGGGGUGGCAUGUGCUGGAAAAGCUAGCUUGAAAAGGGACCUUGUAGGUGACUAAAAAGUGCUUGAAUUUGACCCUGAAAAAGGCGUAUGAACCCUGGAAUUAACAAAAUAUUUCUAUAUCAGUAAAGUUUUAGUAGCCAGUUAUUAUCCUAACCCCCAAUUCGUUAUUAUCAGGUUGUAUUUAAAACUUCCUGAAAAAUUUUCAGCUGAUCCAAAAUGCUGCAGCGUACUGGCAGGGAUUAGAAAGAGAGAGCGUACUGACUCCUCCUAAUUAUAUCCCUGUUAAAUCCAAAGUCAAAUGUAAAAUCCUGCUCCUCACGUACAUUGUCUUGAAUGAUCAGUCCCUGUCUUAUUUUAAAGACCCUAUAGUACCUUAUCACCCCAAUAGAUAGUGAUUUAUCAAGUGUCUUGAGGCAGCAGUUGUUGUAGUUUGGGGCUGUAUAAAUAAAAUGACAUUUAAAGUAACAGAUUUUGAAACACAUUUCAAGAUAAUGUUACAGAUGGAUGAGAACCUAACAGAGGGAAAUGGACCGGCAGAAGCUGUAAAAGACGAGGAUAUGGAGGUUACAGUAACAUCUCAACUAGAAGAUGUCCUGGUGACCUCUGACAAUGCUGAGAUGGUGUCAAACACACAAACACUUUUAGAAGAAGAAAGGGCAGAUGCACAAAGGCACUCAAUAGCAGCAACCGUGUCUUUAGACACGCAUAAGAGCAGCGAGGAUUCUGAGGACUCGGACAGUGACAGCUCUUCCUCAUCAUCUUCAUCCUUCUCUUCUCCCUCUGCACCUGCGGCUGUGGAAGAAGUUGAUGAAGGUUUCAGCCAACCAGCACCCAUCAAAACGCGAGAUGAGAUUCUGCUCGAGGAACUUCCGGCAGUGGAGGAAGUAUGUAUUACCUUACCAGAAGAAGCAGAAUUGCAGCCACUGGGCACCGUGUCGAAUAUUAUACAGCAGCUUGUUAUUAUCCAGUCCCUGAAAGACACGCCCCCUCUUAAUGAUGGCAGCAUUAUCUUCAAGUCUGAUCGGGAGGCUGCGGCCAAGGUGUUUGAGGUAUUUGGCCCGGUGUCCAGCCCAAUGUAUGUUUUACGUUUUAAUUCUGUGGAUCAGAUUAUCAGUAAAGGGCUGAAAGAGGGUACUACCCUUUAUUAUGCACCAGCCAUCAAGGAGUACACGGGAUACAUCCUCACACAGCAGCUAAGACUAUUACAGGGAUCAGAUGCAUCCUGGAAAAAUGACCAAGAACCGCCAGAAGAGGCUCUAGACUAUAGUGAUGAUGAGAAAGAGCAGGAAGCAAAGAGGAAACUGAAAAAUGCCAAAAAGAAGGACACUAGCCACACAGACAAUCGUACUCAGAACCCUUCGCAGCGGCAACAUAAGCAUGAUGGAAGGGGCUUCCCACCAAGACAUACAAGGCCUUCUUUCCACCACCAGCACUCAUUUAGACAGACAGAGCCACCACGACACACAAAUUUCCCCCCUAUGUUCAUCCCUACUCCCUGUCCUUAUCCUCCACCUCCUCACCAUUUUCCUCCCUCUAACUUCCCUCUCUACCCUCCUCCUCCUCCUCCUCCUCCUCCAACUCCUCCAACUUUCUUCAAUCCUGCUUUCUCCACUCCUUUCUGGCUGCCAAACUCUGCCCCCUUUUCUGACUUUCCCCGCCCUCCCCCUCCUCCUCCUCCACCUCCUCCACCUCAGUGACAACUUGCAAAACCUAUCAGCAGUGUCUUGUCUCUGAUUGUAAAAUAAAGCAUACUUACUGUAGGUAAUAGAGUUGUGCCACUUUUAUGUCUGUUAUUUGUGACACAACCACAUGCAUUGUGUUCACCAUCCUGUAAGAUCAUGAAAGAUCACAUCACAUGAAAAUGAUAUUUUUAUAUUCUAAAAAAAAAUCUGCCAUUAAUUUUCAAGCAGGGGCCAAAAAGCAAACUGGUGUACUCUGAAACGCAGCAUGUUUUCAUCAUCAGCAACUUUCUUUAGUCUUUCCAUGUUGUUAGACAGAUGGUGGACUAAACUGGAACUUAACUGACUACCAGCAGCUCGUUUUAGUGUCAAAGAGCUGCGUAAAGCUGCAUGUACACUGAAAUUGCUCAGAUUAAGCACUUUAUUUCAGGACUUUUUUUUAAAAGCUUGUAUUUUUAAU